UAAUCUUGUACUUAGCCUUGUUUAAUGUUGACAGAGGAGGUAUUUUUAGAUACCCAGCCACUGAUACGCUCUAUUCUUGAUGGAUACAAUGUUUGUAUAUUUGCAUAUGGUCAAACUGGUUCAGGAAAGACAUAUACAAUGACUGGGCCAGAUGCAGCAUCUAAAGAGGAUUGGGGGGUCAAUUACCGAGCUCUAAAUGAUCUCUUCCAUAUCUCUGAGAGUAGGAGAAACUCCUUUACAUAUGAAGUUGGUGUCCAAAUGGUUGAAAUAUAUAAUGAACAAGUGCGUGAUUUACUUGCGAGUGACAGUUCCCAGAAAAAACUUGGGAUUUUGAACACUACUCAACCAAAUGGACUAGCUGUCCCUGAUGCAACCAUGAAUCCUGUCAACUCAACGGGAGAUGUCCUAGAUCUAAUGCGAAUUGGACUAAUGAAUAGGGCUGUAGGUGCCACUGCUAUGAACGAAAGAAGCAGCCGAUCUCACAGUGUUCUCACUGUUCAUGUUCGUGGGACGGAUUUGGCAACUGGUGCUACUUUGCGUGGCAACCUUCAUUUAGUAGACCUUGCUGGAAGUGAAAGAGUAGAUCGCUCUGAGGCAACAGGAGAAAGGCUUCGCGAAGCACAGCAUAUUAACAAAUCCUUAUCUGCCCUUGGAGAUGUCAUAUUUUCUCUAGCUCAAAAGAGCCAUCAUGUACCAUACAGAAAUAGCAAACUUACUCAAGUCCUGCAAAGCUCUUUGGGUGGUCAGGCAAAGACUCUCAUGUUUGUACAGCUUAAUCCAGAUGCAGAUUCAUAUUCUGAGACUUUCAGUACCUUGAAGUUUGCAGAGAGAGUCUCAGGAGUUGAGCUAGGUGCUGCACGGAGUAGCAAGGAGGGCAAGGAUGUAAGAGAAUUGAUGGAGCAGGUAGCAUCACUUAAGGAUACAAUUGCAAAGAAAGAUGAGGAGAUAGAGCGGUUGCAACUGCUUAAAGAUAGCAGCACUAUGUCCCCCACCGUCAAUGGCGAGAAGCGGGGCACCAGCUUACUUAGGCAUGGGCCUUCCUCUCCAAGCAGACGCUCGCUCAGUGUGGUCGCUGCACAUCGAAGCCGGAGACUGACUGGUGGGAAAGUCUCAGGACUUGACAAAUCAGCGUCUGAUCCAGACUACGGCUCUGAGCACAGUGAUAAGCAUUCUGAAGCUAGUUCUCAGCAGUCUAUGGAUGACUUUAGGCACCAUAAGGAGUUUUUCCAUCAGUCAAAGCUUGCUGUGGCAGAUGCAGGACAGAAUUUUUCUGCAGAUGUUGAGCUCUUAGGGUUUGGAGAUGCGGUCUCUGAGGAGAGAUUAAGUGACAUAUCUGAUGGUGGCCUAUCCAUGGGAACUGAAACUGAUGGUUCAAUGUCAAGUGUUGUUGAGUUCAGUCUUUUCCCCGAAGGGACAAAGCCAGCUGAGGGCACAGAGAAGUCAAAAUCAGACCCAUCCAAACUUGCUAAUCCAACACAGAAACAAGUUCAAACAGGGUCGGUUCGACAGUCAUCAUCGAAGGAAACUUUGAAGGUGCCAACAAAUUCUAAAAAGGUCCCUGCUAGUGGCAAACCUUCCACGCCCAAGCCUUCCAAACGAUGGCAGUAAAAUUAGAAGGCAUUUUGACGGCAAAUUUUUCUUGUCAGCACAAAUUUGACUGAUUUUGCAUCACCAUGCAGCUUGUAUUUUACUCUACCAAGGUUUUCUUGCCUCUCAUUCUUAUUUAUUGCCUGCCACGUUUUGUUACUAAGUGGGCACCCUUUGUAUUUGUGGAGCCUAAGUGGCACCCUUUUGUAUCUGUAGAGCCUAAGUGGCGCCCUUGUAUUUGUGGAGGCUAAAUGCCAGCAUGUAAUAUAUUAGUUUUUCUCCC